AUGUCUAACAACCGUGCGUUGGUCGAAGCCCUAGGGCUUUCAUGUCCAUUGGGCGGCGACCCCUAUGUAUGCGAGGGAUCCUUUUAUGAGUUCGUUGGUUGUUGCACCUAUAACCCGUGUGAAGAUUACUCGGGUGCUUGCCAUAAAAAAACGGCUAGGCCUGCGAAUUCAACCUUUGCAUACAGAGAAGAAACUGCGCAGUUUAAGAACAAGUGGUUCUUCAUUUGCCGCAGUGAUAAUUACACUGAUAGACCCGGAAGUACCUGGUCAAAUAUGCAAUAUGGAGCGCCACGCGGCACCAAUGCCUCAUGUCUAGGAAGCAUGCCCUACGAUCUCGAUGCUUACUACUACUCGGAUGGCGGGGGAUUCUAUACGGAUGCAAUAUCCUUGACUCCAUACAAGGAAUUACGGGAAGAGCUAUUCAGCUAUGUGCAAGCCAAAAGCGACAACACCACGGAAGAAUCAGAACACACCGCAGUUCCAGCACCACAAAGCAAUCAUGCCUCGGAAAUUGACACUGGGGUAACCCAGAGUACCCUUUCACGAGCGGAUAUUAUUGGCUUAUCAGUUGGAAUUUUCGUCUUUGCCGUGGUCCUGCUCGCGUUGCUUGGCAGGUACUUCUGGAUUUCUGAGAUGAACAAACACUUGUUUUCAAAUCAUCGUGCAAUGGACCAUGAGAGCCUGGCCAAGGCGAAGACGAAGGCGAAUCUCAAGCCACGAUCAUGUGUCGAGGUUGCAUCGGAGACAGCUGAGGAAAACUCGUUAAUGGAUUCUUCGCAAAAAGAGUGCCCGCCUUGGCACGGUGGCCAACAGAGGUUAAACCAGAAAGACUUCUCGUGGUAUAUGGAGUUGGUGUGGGAUGUGCUCCUGACAAUCGCACCCACAUUCUUCAUAGUUAUCCCUGUUUUGGCCCUAUGUCUCGACAACCAACCGUUCUCAUCCCUUGGCGAAACCAUCUUAAGCAUCGACCGAUUGGUCCCCACCAUCUAUCCCAUUCUGAUUGCUGCCGUUGCUGCCCGUUUCUAUAAAAACCUGAGCCGUUGGAACCUAGAGCAACCUAACGGGGUAAGGCUUGCAGUUCUUGAACAGAUAAUGGGCAGCCAAAGCUUUGCUGGCGCGGUAGAGAGAUUGCUUUUUGUUCGUGCCCACGUGUCAGUUGGUUUCGUCAUCUUUGUAAUUUGGGCUAUGUCUCCUUUGGGGGGUCAGGCAGGCGCAAGGAUGGUUUAUCAUUCUCAUCGCGAGAUCUCGUCGUCCGGCAAUCUCUAUUACGCCGACCCGGCCUACCAGGUCUCGAGUUUUUCGAGCAUGGAAUUCCAGUACGUGUCGGAACUGAGUGUGAAAUCUCUGUAUUCAUCCUCACUUCUCCAACCUCCCGACCAAAAGAGCGCACCCCGAGAUCUUUGGGAAAUGCCGAAAAUCCCCCAGAGGGAUAAGAGCAAGGCAAUAGGCGAGAUGUAUGAGAUCGACCAGGGUGCGCUUGAUCGAGGCGAAAACGAAUAUUACUCUCUGCUUGGAACAAAAAUUCAAGGGCUGGACUUCAUAAAACAGAGUGAUGCACAGUUAAAAUUCUCUGUCCAAACGUCUUUCCUGGAAUUUGGUUGUACCAAUAGAUACGAAACAUUUGAUUCAGGCACCUAUAGGGGUCUGCCUCAAUAUGACCCGCUUUGGGGUACGAUUGAUCUAUGGAAGGGGGUUCUCAAUGGCACAAGCUUCUGGCUCAAGUGGUCACAAGGAGUUUUUUGGGAAGAAUACAACAGGAAUUGGGACUAUAUUGAGUCAUUUGGCAACCCCCAUUUGGUCUACAUGAGCAGUAGGCUCACACCCAAGAACUACAUGAUCAUGUUCAAUUGCUCAAUGGACACGGUUGUUCUUGAGACAGAGAUGGAGUGUGGCCUGAAUUCAAAGAAUCCUGGCUGCGCUGCUGUGCGCCAGCGCCUCGUUGACGUCCCGGAAUCGAAAUUUACCCUGAUGAAACAGACUAUGAAGUCAGCAAGGGCGAUGUAUGUGUUGGUUAGGAGAUUCGUCACCGCUGACGGGGGGUUUUUCAACCGCAUAGCCUCGGCCACAGACGCUUAUAUCGCUGGAGAUGUAAACCCCUAUGCUAGGCAGGGGGUCAUAGACUGGACGACCUACGAUGAGGGCGUGGUUUCAAAACGUCUGACCUCCGCCUUCAACACUUUCCAUAUGGCAACGCUGAACCCUCUGAACCAUACCGAUAUCUCUUUCGGCAAGGAUCCCGGGCCCCAAAUAUACUCGCCCGUUUCGCCAGCUGUCCCGACUUAUUACAAUUCAACUGAAGGAAGCGUGGUGACAAGAGUCGAAGUGUAUCGAACAGACAAGGUCUGGACGGCCAUUCAUCUUACGACCACCUUUAUCCUUUUGAUUCUGGCAAGUCUGGGGUUGGCGUUUCGGUUGCUGAUCCGUGGUCCCGACGUUGUGGGCUUUGCCAGCUCCAUGACCCACGACAACCCCUAUACCCCCCUACUGGAUUGUGGAAGUGCAAUGCCGGGACCACAGAGAGCGAGAUGGCUGAGAGACAUGCGAGUGCAACUAGCGGAUGUUCGCCCGGAUAACGAUGUUGGAUAUGUAGCGUUCAGGAAUUUGCCAUCGUACCUUGAAAGCAAGGCUGAAAUUGACGACAAUGAGCAGUAG